UGUGUUUCUGUUCCCAGCUAAGCCAAGUCAACGCAACGCAGCACGCCAGCACCGCAUCCGCAACCAAGCGCUGCGCUGCGGUGGGUCACGGGUCGGUGAGGGGCACCGGACGCCAACGGGAUGCAGUCGCUGCAGGACAAGGCGUCGGAGUGGAGCGGCGUGGCGGCCGGCGACGCCUUCGCCAUCGACGACGUCAACGUCUUCGAGGCGCUCGGCGGCACCCCGCAGCCCUUCGUCGACCUCUCCACCAACUUCUACACCAGGGUUUACGAGGACGAGGAGGCGUGGUUCCGGGAGAUAUUCGCGGGGUCGAGGAAGGAGGACGCCAUCCGGAACCAGUAUGAGUUCCUCAUCCAGCGCAUGGGCGGCCCCCCGCUCUUCUCCGAGAGGAGAGGACAUCCUGCCCUUAUAGGACGUCAUCGAUCAUUCCCCGUUACUCACCAAGCUGCAGAGAGAUGGUUACACCACAUGCAGCAAGCGUUGGAUACUACUGCAAGCAUAGAUGCAGAGACAAAAACAAAAAUGAUGAACUUUUUUAGGCACACUGCGUACUUCCUCGUUGCUGGCAAUGAGAUGACAAGGCAAGUCCAGGGAGUAACCUGCAAACAUGCAACUAGUAAGCCAGCUGAGAAAUGAUUCAAGCUUUGAGCUAGUAACCGUGACAUCUGAAUAAGAAUCAUACGGGCCUUUAUACCCCGUGCCAUCACAGAACCCCAAUGUACAAUGGUGUCUAAACAAUAUAGACAUUAAAAAAAAAUUUGCACUGACUCUUCUAAGGCUUGUAGCCACUCUUGAGCAGAGAGCAAACUUAACGGAUAAAUCUAGCUUAUUUUGAUA